AUGGGAGGACAAGACGCAGAUGAAGGGUACUAUCAAGGCUGCACCAGCAUUUCGCUUGGGUGGAGAGACCGUCACGAUGCUCGCCUCAACCUGCCCAGCUCGUUAUCCUUAAUUGCGACGCAUAGGAUGCCAGAAAUGGCUUUAAGGGCUCUCAUUAAGGCGUAG